AUGCGUCACUUCGAUGCCUGGUUGCUCCGCGAUCCCUACUCCAUCUUCCACUACUAUCCCACCGGUCGACGAUGGCAAGAGACCGUCCGUGAUCUGAUUCAGGAACGCAAAAUCUGUUCUCCCUGUCUGGACCCGCCGUAUUCCUCCACUACCACCCCCAUCGAGCCGUGUGCGCUUCCCAUGGCCUCGCAGUCCGACUGCGGCCUCCUCAGCCGACUGCCCCCUGAGAUCCGUCUGAUGAUCUACGGCUACGUCUUCGGUGACGAGGCCGUCCAUCUGGUGCAGGUCAAGAACAAGAUCCGUCACGUCCGCUGUCGUCAUCCCGUCUCCUCGGUUGACCAGAACCGUCGCUGUUGCCCUUCCACUCCGGCCCACUGGCGUCAGGAGAGUAAUAAGAAUCAUAAUAAUAAUCAACAACUUCAUCAUCACAGCGCCAUGCUGUACCCGCACACCCACGCCGACCUGCCCUCUGCACUGAGUAACUCGUCGCUGGCGCUGCUGCGCUGCUGUCGUGCCAUCUACGCCGAGGCCGCCGACAUCCUGUACGCCAACGUCGUCUUCGACGUUGACGACCUGCACACCUUCAUUGCCUUCUCGCGGACCGUGGGGACAGACCGGCUGCGCUCCAUCCGUCGUCUCACCGUGCAAUGGUCUCCCGUUUGGCAGCCCAUGGCCGGCCACGAGCAGCCCUCGUCCAUCUUCGCCCACACCCAUAACGACCGACUCUGGUCGCUCUUCUGGUCGCGCGUGGCCGCUCUGCGCGGUCUUGAGGAACUCCAUCUCAGUGUCGAUCUGGGUCGGUUCUCUGGCACCCCCGCCGGUGGCCUUAUCGCCGGGAAACAGCGACUACGUCUGGCCAUCGACGAGCCCUGGGUAGCCCCCAUGUUGUGCGUCCGUGGUCUGCAGUCCUUCGAGUUGGGUAUCACCGCCCGCUGUGACACUUACGCCAAGCGUGUGCUGGAGGGCGAUUUGGUUCGCGACGCUGUCACUCUGCGCGAUCAUCUCCGUGCCAUCCUCUGCUCGCCCCCGGGGUCAGUCCCAUCCAUCCCCGGUGUUCAGCUGCAAUUGAAGCGUCCCUGUGGAAUCGACGAGUUGAAUGAGACCGUCAGGCCAACGGUGCGUCCUCGUCUGGCUAUCACUGCUGCUUAA